AUAUUUCUAUGGAAACAUUAAAACAAUAAUAGUUGGUUUUAAAACCUUAUUGUAGAAGUUUUAGAUUUCUAAAAUGACGGAAUCAUCAGCAAAAGGAACUUCAGGUCGAAAUUCUCAACUAGGAGCAAUGGCCGUUGUAAGUCGACCGUCUACAAAAGUCUCUGUUUGUCAAACUAAUGAAGUUGAAAAGAUGAAAAAUCCUUACAAAAUGCCGAAAGAUAGCGAUAUAUUUAAAUUAAGAGAAGAAGAAAAGAAAAGAAAAGCUGAAGAUAGGAUAAGACUAAGAGAUUUGAAAGUUCAUGAAAAAACUACUCAAGCUACAAGAAUCAAUUUUAAAACUGCCAGAAUGAUAAAACCAAUUGAAUCAGAUGAAGAACGUGAACGCGAUGAUGAUGAGAUUGUACCUGUAAAAGAAGAUCCUGAAUUUACAUUAGCGGUCACAAGAGAUCGUCAUAUAGAAAAGGAAUCAUUGAACGAUUAUAUCACAAAGAAGCGCGAGAUGUUUCUGGUCCAGUAUUCUUUAGGCGUAAAAAGGGAUGAAAUGAGAAAAUUAGAGGAAAUAGCCUCAGCAGAAGAAAAGAAAUUAGAACAGGCUGAACAAUAUUUGGAAGAAGAUGCUCAAAUGUUCGACGCAUUUCUAAAAGAGAAUGAUACCAACUCAGUUAACGCUAUACAAAAAGCGGAAGCCGAAACAAAGAAAAAAUUAGAAAAACUCAGUGAAAUAAAACGCGUAACUGCUCAGAUGAUGACAAUUAAAAGCGAAAUUUCCAAACACGAAGAAACACUUAAAGAAUAUCAAAUGUACAAGAGAUUUUUAGAAUCUUUAACUCCUCCUGAAUGGUUGGAACUGAGGGCAUUAGAUAGGAAAAAGCGAGUUGAAGCUAAGAGGAAAGAAGCGGCUGCUGAUCAACAAGAAAGAGCGUCAACAGCAUCGAGUCGUCCAAGUAGUAAGGCUUCCCGUCAAAAUGUUGGAAGUAGAGAAUCUAGACGAAGGGGAAGGGGUGGUAAAACCAGUGCAUCGAGUAGAAGGAAUUUGCCAGCUGUUCAAGGAGAAGAUCAAGAUACUAAUUUGUCCCUAACUGACGAAGAUAGCGAUGAAGAACCGGAAUUAUAUUUCACAGAUCCACAACAGCUUUUAGACAUUUUCGCUGAUCUUGAGGAGCAAAAUUUAUCCCUGAUACAAAAUAGUCAAGAAACUGAAGAGACCUUAGAAGAUAUGAAACAAAAUUUGGCUAGAACGCAAAAAAAUAUGGAAAAAGAGACGAAAGUUUUACAAGAUCAAAUUAACAAAUUGGAAAGUGCUAUAGAGAAAGAAGAUGUAAAAGCCAAUGACCUCAAAAUGAAGGCUAAGUAAAUGUUUUAUGAUAAUUCUAUAAUUCUAUAGAAUAUCGUUAAAUAAUUAUGAAAAAUUUCUUUAAUUAACUUAGAAUGUUUAACUAUGGAGAAUUUAAAUCCGAAGAUCAAGAGAAUAUGCUUAAAGACCUCAAAGCAAAGGUUGAAGAAGUUUACAGAUCCACCAUUGGUGAUAACGAAGCUAAUAUUGAGUAUGACUUACAUUAUUAUAAUAAUCAUGCGGUUGCGUAUUUUAGGAUAUUCCGGGAAUUCCUAGUACUUAUAAAGAAGAUAUAACGACAUAAAUAUAUGCGUCAUAUUGAAAUGAUAACAAUAAUCCUGUUUCUUAUUAAUCCAUAACCUCAUAUAAAAAAAAAAUACUGCGCAUUUACAUACAAUCUCUUUUUUUUCCAAAUUCCUAGAACAUUACAAAUGCUAACGAAUAUUGAAAAUCGAUUAGAAGAACUUUUCGAAUUAAUGGAAACUCUACCGAGAGACAAGGUUGAAGAAGCGGAGAAGAAGAAAGAAAAAGAAAGGAGGCUGAAGGCUCGAGAGGAUAAAAUGGAACAGCAGAAGAAGCAUCAGGAAGAAAGGGUUCAGAAAGCUUUGCAGAGGGCUCAGGCAGCGCCUAAAAAACAAGUUGGUCGAAGAGUUAUGGGUCGUAGCGAGCCACCGGCUCAUAAGCAGACAGAUGAUGAUAAAGAUAAUCAGCAAAGCAAAGAGGAUGAAGAAUUAGCGUAUUAUUUUACAUAGUAACGCUAUUGAAGUGGGAGACAAGCAUUAUUAAUAUCAUUGACAAAUAUGACCCAAUAAAUAACUGUUUUUUUUUUUAAUAUGAUGAAAUAUUUCCAUCUGGUUCAAUAUAAAAAGACUGUAUAGAAAAUUGGUGUUGUGCAGUACUACAAUUUAUCACAAUUUCGCUUAUAGUAUAAUUUAAUGUUAUACAACUAUUUAGCUAAUUUCUAGCAUCCUAUAGCUUGUUUUUUUGCACUAAGAAUCUCCAUCUCUUUCUAUUCGAUUAAGUUUGCUCUGUAGAGGGAGAGAUAUUAUGCAAUAUAUCCCAGUUCUUCUAAAAACGACACGAGUUAGUGAUUGUAGGCUUAGGUUAUGUAUGCUCUCAAUUCAGUUCAAGUUCAUUUUCUAUGCUACCCUCCUAGUUUUUAGUCCUACCUAACUUUAAAAUAUUACUUUCUUGAUAAAGGCUCUCUGCUCUCUUUUUUUUUUACCUCUGUGUAAUUUAUAUCAUAUUUGUAUUUAAGCCUAGAUCUACCAAAAUACCAUUGACACCAUCGAGGGGUUUCUAUGGAAGUAACCUCGCUUUUUAAAUCUCUUGACUUGGUUAUCUAAAGAUGAUACUAGUACAUUUUUAAUUUUGCUAUUACAAUAGUAAACAUGUUUACGAUUGGUCGAAAUUUGGUAAAUGUCCUCAAAACCAUUCUUAUAUUUAGCUACAAAUGUAACAAAACAUAUAACAUUUUGGACAAAUAAGAUAUAAAGAGAAGGAAUAGGCAUAGCAGAGAAAAUAACAAAGCAAGAGAGAGGGCAGAGAUAGAGAGAGAGAGAGAGAGAGAGA